GCCGUGAAUGAAAAAAAAAAAAGUUGGUGCAUAUCAAUCAAUCAGUAAUUUGAUUGAAUAAUUUGUGAGUUCGUACGUGUGCCUGUGUGUGUGUGUGUGUUUGUGCGUUAGAGUGAGUUCGGUCGAGUGGAAAUGUUGGACACGAUGUUCGGAUUCGGCAAAAAGCUGUCCAAGGCCAAGAGCAUGCCAAACAAGCUGAACUCGGUCGGACUCGUGGGCGGCGCAAUCGGAAAUGCGUUCGAGUCUGGGUUCGGGUUCCGGAAGCGCGAGGAAUGGCGCUUUAAAUCCCAUCACCCUGCACGCAAAAAACCCGUCAUUUCCCCGCCAUUGCCGCCGAAAACCCCGCCGCCACUUCCGCCAAAGAAGCGUGAAUUUCACUCAGAACAGCAAUUGGAAUACCAAGCAGAUUUCUUCACGCUUAUCGAUCUACCGAGUGAGUUCGGUCGAGUGGAAAUGUUGGACACGAUGUUCGGAUUCGGCAAAAAGCUGUCCAAGGCCAAGAGCAUGCCAAACAAGCUGAACUCGGUCGGACUCGUGGGCGGCGCAAUCGGAAAUGCGUUCGAGUCUGGGUUCGGGUUCCGGAAGCGCGAGGAAUGGCGCUUUAAAUCCCAUCACCCUGCACGCAAAAAACCCGUCAUUUCCCCGCCAUUGCCGCCGAAAACCCCGCCGCCACUUCCGCCAAAGCGUCGAAACCGGAGAUUUAUUCGCCUUGAAAGUGAAGCGGACGUGACCGGGGUUGUGUGUUAUUUGGAAUGGGUCAAACCAGGUCACGGGUUGACUGGAAAUGAGUUUGGUCCGGGGCGUGAGUUUUUCCUGCUUUCCUUCGUGGGUUUCUUUCCUUCGGCCUUGCAAGGAUUUCGAUCGUGCGGAUUGCGACACGAACCAAUGCGAAGUUUCCGUCCGACAUCCGCUACGCUGCGUUUUUCGGUAACAGGGCUGGUUUUCUUGGACAGCAACGACGAUUAG